CGCCCGCCCCCUGCGCCCUCCUCGCGCAGCCGGGGUCCGGGAGGAGAGAGGAAGGGGCGCCGGGGGCGCGGGAGAGGACGGCGGGCGGACGCGCGCUCGGAGGAAACUCCUGCCGUAUCCGUUCGUCCCCUCGCCCAGGGUGCACCCCGGCCUGGCCUCGGCGGCGGCGGCCGCGCCGCCGGCAGCAGCAGGAAGGCGUUCUGGCGGAGGCGGUGCCGCGGGGGCGGGUCCGGCCGUCCCGGCGCUAAGUUGUGGGGCCCGGCUCCUCCCGACCCUGUUCCUUUUCCCUAGUCUUUUCGGACCUAGCUCGGUGCUGUCGACCCCAGAGCCGCUGAUCCCGCACCUCCUGGGUGAGGGGGACACGCCUGCCCUCGUCGAGAAAACUUUUCCUGCUGACUCGGUCGGGGCGGCGGUGGCAGGAAGUCCGGACAGCGACCUCUUCUCUGCCUGCCUUGCGCACGCUGCCGGGUGCGGGCGCUGAGCUUGAGAUCAAGUUUGCGGGAGCCCCUUCCGGGCUGCAGGCGGGUCCCGCCUUAGGAGGGACGCCCGACCCCAGGGAGGGCGGUGGGCCCGGGCGAAGGCGGGGGGCGUGUGGUGGCGCGGGAGGCAAGGUGCGGAGCGCGGUCGGGAUCCGCACCCGCAGCCAGAAGCGCAGAGAGUAGGAGCCCGGGAGCAGGGAGCCUCCGGCGGCCGCUUGCAGGAGUCCACAGUCCGCCUCCUUCUUCGGUGAGGACAGUGUCUUGGCCCCGAGUCUAUCGAGGAAAAAUGAAGUUAAGCCGCCAGUUCACCGUGUUCGGCAGCGCGAUCUUCUGUGUGGUGAUCUUCUCGCUCUACCUGAUGCUGGACCGGGGUCACUUAGACUACCCCAAGAGCCCGCGCCGCGAGGGCUCUUUUCCCCAGGGCCAGCUCUCAAUGUUGCAAGAAAAAAUAGACCAUUUGGAACGUUUGCUAGCUGAGAAUAAUGAGAUCAUCUCAAAUAUUAGAGACUCGGUCAUCAAUUUGAGUGAGUCUGUGGAGGAUGGUCCAAAAAGUUCACAAGGCAAUUUCAGCCAGGGUGCUGGCUCACCUCUUCUGCCAUCAAAACAACUGUCCCUUGUAGUGGACCCUGAAGACUGUUCAUUCGCUUUGCAGAGUGGAAGUCAGAAUUCAGAUGUGCAGAUGUUGGAUGUUUACAGUCUAAUUCCUUUUGACAAUCCAGAUGGUGGAGUUUGGAAACAAGGAUUUGACAUUAGCUAUUUAUUUAAUGAAUGGGACUCUAAGCCCCUUCAAGUCUUUGUGGUGCCUCAUUCCCAUAAUGACCCAGGUUGGUUGAAGACUUUUGAUGACUACUUUAGAGAGAUGACUCAGUAUAUUUUUAAUAACAUGGUCAUCAAGCUGAAAGAAGACUCACGGAGAAAAUUUAUGUGGUCUGAGAUUUCUUACCUUUCAAAGUGGUGGGAUACUAUAGAUAAGCCGAAGAAGGAUGCUAUUAAAAGUUUGCUACAGAAUGGUCAAUUUGAAAUUGUGACAGGUGGCUGGGUUAUGCCUGAUGAAGCUGCUGCACAUUAUUUUGCCUUAAUUGACCAACUAAUUGAAGGACAUCAGUGGCUGGAAAAAAAUCUAGGAGUGAAACCUCGGUCCGGUUGGUCUAUUGAUCCUUUUGGACAUUCACCAACGAUGGCUUAUCUCCUCAAACGUGCUGGAUUUUCUCACAUGCUUAUUCAGAGAGUUCAUUAUGCAAUUAAAAAACAUUUUGCAUUGCAUAAAACGCUGGAAUUUUUUUGGAGACAGAAUUGGGAUCUGGGAUCUGGCACAGAUAUUUUUUGCCACAUGAUGCCCUUCUACAGCUAUGACAUCCCUCAUACGUGCGGACCUGAUCCUAAAAUAUGCUGCCAGUUUGAUUUUAAACGGCUUCCCGGAGGCAGAUUCGGUUGUCCCUGGGGAGUCCCCCCAGAAACAAUACAUCUUGGAAAUGUCCAAAAGAGGGCUGAGAUGCUUCUAGAUCAGUACCGAAAAAAGUCAAAACUCUUUCGUACUACAGUUGUCCUGGCCCCACUAGGAGAUGAUUUUCGCUACUGUGAACGUACAGAAUGGGAUCAUCAGUAUAAGAAUUAUCAGCUGCUUUUUGAUUAUAUGAAUUCUCAUCCUGAGUAUAAUGUUAAGAUACAGUUUGGGACUUUAUCAGAUUAUUUCGAUGCACUGGAUAAAGAAGAUGUAGCCAUUAGGAAGAAUAGCCAAUCCAUGUUCCCUGUUCUAAGUGGAGAUUUUUUCACUUACGCUGACCGAGACGAUCAUUACUGGAGCGGCUACUUUACAUCCAGACCCUUUUACAAACGAAUGGAUAGGAUACUGGAAUCCCAUUUAAGGGCUGCUGAAAUUCUUUACUAUUUCGCCCUGAAACAAGCUCAGAAAUACAAGAUAAGUAAAUUUCUUUCAUCAUCCCAUUACAUGACACUGACAGAAGCCAGAAGAAAUUUGGGACUGUUUCAACAUCAUGAUGCUAUCACAGGAACUGCGAAAGAUUGGGUAGUUGUGGAUUAUGGUACCAGACUCUUCCAUUCAUUAACGAAUCUGAAGAAGAUAAUUGGAUAUUCUGCACUACUACUUAUUUUGAAGGACAAAAACUCAUACAACUCUUACUCUUUUGAUAACCUCCUGGACAUGGAUUUGAAACAAAACUCACAAAGUUCUCUACCACAAAAAACUGUAAUAAUGCUGAGUGCAGAGCCAAGGUAUCUUGUGGUGUGUAACCCUUCAGAACAAGAACGAAUCUCAGUGGUCUCCGUGUAUGUGAGUUCCCCCACAGCACAAGUGUCUUCUGCUUCUGGAAAGCCUGUGGAAAUUCAGAUGAGUGCAGUUUGGAAUACAGCAAGUACUAUUUCACAGACAGCCUAUGAGAUCUCUUUCCUAGUGCAGAUACCACCACUCGGACUGAAAGUGUAUACAAUUUUGGAAUCAGCAAGUUCAGACCCACAUUUAACUGAGUAUGUCCUGCAUAAUGGUAACAUCAAAGAUAAAGGAAUUUUCAACAUGAAGAAUGUAAAAAGUACUGACGAAGAUAUAAUUCUAGAGAACUCCUUCGUUAAACUUCGGUUUGGUCAGUCUGGGCUCAUGGAGGAAAUGAUAAAUAAAGAAGAUGGUAAACGGCAUGAAGUAAAAGUGCAAUUUUCAUGGUAUGGAACCACCAGUAAAAAGGACAAAAGUGGUGCCUACCUCUUCUUACCUGAUGGGGAAGCCAAGCCUUAUGUUUACACAGCACUGCCCUUUGUCAGAGUGCAACAUGGAAGGUUUUACUCAGACGUGACUUGCUUUUUGGAACAUGUUACCCAUAGAGUUCGACUGUACAACAUACAGGGAAUAGACGGACAGUCUGUGGAAGUGUCCAAUAUCGUGGAUAUCCGAAAAGAACAUAACCGUGAGAUUGCAAUGAGAAUUUCUUCUAGCAUAAACAGUCAAAACAGAUUUUAUACUGACCUGAAUGGAUACCAGAUUCAGCCUAGAAUGACAAUGAGCAAAUUACCUCUUCAAGCAAACGUCUAUCCGAUGACUACAAUGGCCUAUAUCCAGGAUGCCAAACAUCGCUUGACAUUACUCUCUGCUCAGUCUUUAGGGGUGUCAAGUUUGAAAAGUGGUCAGAUUGAAGUUAUCAUGGAUCGAAGACUGAUGCAAGAUGAUAAUCGCGGCCUUGAGCAAGGUGUCCAUGAUAACAAGGUUACAGCUAAUUUAUUUCGAAUACUACUGGAAAAAAGAAGUGUUGUGAAUAUGGAAGAAGAAAAGAAGUCGGUCAGUUAUCCUUCUCUCGUUAGCCACGUAACUUCCUUUUUCCUGAAUCAUCCUGUCUUUACAAUGACAGAAAAGAUCCCCGUGCCCACCCUUAAGCUGCUAGGUGAAUUCUCUCCGUUACUGUCGUCUUUGCCUUGUGACAUUCAUCUCAUUAAUCUGAGGACAAUACAGUCAAAGGUGGAUGGCAAGCAUUCCGAUGAAGCAGCCUUGAUCCUCCACAGGAAAGGGUUUGACUGCCGCUUCUCUAGCAGAGACACGGGGCUGCUUUGUUCCACGACCCAGGGAAAGAUUUUGGUACAGAAGCUUUUUAGCAUGUUUACUGUCACAAGUCUCAUACCUUCAUCAUUAUCCUUGAUGCAUUCACCUCCAGACGCCCGAAAUAUAAGUGAGAUCAACUUGAGUCCCAUGGAAAUCAGCACAUUCCGAAUCCAGUUGAGAUGAACCUGGCUUUCAGAUUUGGAUUGGGAAGCAUUGUCUUUUAUACACUUCUAGGUUUGACGUGCAAUAAGGAAGCACAUUAUUUUAGCUUCAGGCUACUGUGAGGACAUGAAUUCUGUGAUUGUUACUUUUUUUUUUUUUUUUAACCAGUAUAGAAA